ACAAUCGUUCGCAGUUGCCCUACUGCUCGCUAUAGUAGGGUAUUUGCUGACAUCAUUUGAUGGCGCAUACAUUCCCGGUGUGUGUGUGUGUGUGUGUGUUAGUGACGAGUCUCACAUCUCGGCAGUGAUUUACUGCAGAUUAGAGAGGCAACCAUCUGUGGUGGAGGAUGUGGUGGUUUUGUCUGACACUGACACUGAGUAUCUGUAACGGAGCAUCUAUUCACGAUGCGAGACAUUUACAAAAUUACCUGUUUUCAAACUACACACCCGAGCACAGACCGCGGAACAACCAGAGCGAAGCAGUCCAGGUGUCCGCCAUUGUAAACCUGUUAGACAUAACUGACUUUGACGACGUGAAACAACAGUUCACCUGUAAUGUUAUUUUCGAUAUAAACUGGAAGGAUGAGUUUUUGGCCUGGGACCCGGACGACUUUGGUGGGAUCAAAUACUUUACUUUUAACAACGGCUAUAAGGCAUGGUUUCCAAGUAUAACAGUGACCAACACCUUGGAAAAGCGAGACGUCUUCUCGGACGAUACUCAGCGUAUGACGGUUUUCAAUAACGGGACCGUGUUAUGGAUACCGUCCGCCAUCUUAAAGACGUCAUGUCCACUCAAUGUCCGCACCUUCCCCUUUGACGUACAGGAAUGUUCCAUAUAUCUUAUGGCCGUCCAUUACACGGUCGAUGAAGUCGAAUUCGUGACUGGAAGCGAUAAGGUCUACAAUGGUCGGUUUCAAAGAAGCGACACAUGGGAUUUACUUGACACCAGUUUAUCAUCAGUCAGGACAGGGAAUGUGUACAAAUGGCGUAUCACACUCAGAUUUCAGCGUCGAGCCUUGUUCUACGUCCUCAACGUCCUCAUCCCCAUCGUCAUCCUGUCGAUUCUCAACAUGGCCGUCUUCCUUGUUCCUGUUGAAUCUGGCGAAAAGCUAUCCUUCGCAAUAACUGUGCUUCUGUCACUAGUCGUCUUCAUGACGUUUGUAAGCGAACUCGUUCCGAGGACGUCGACAGUGAUGUCCAUGUUGACGGUGUAUCUGACGACAGUGACAACUUCUAGUGCCGUCAACGUCAUGCUGACCAUCGUUGUACUGACCCUUCACAACAAACCGAAUAAAGAAGUGGUUCCAAGGUGUUUUCAGAAGCUUGUUUACAUAUCCCGUAAGGCAUCUUGCAGGAAGACUUUCGUCUUUGGCGCCACGACCACAGAGAGGCCGAUGGAGUGGAAGGACGUUGCUGUCGCGCUUGAGUAUUUCUUUCUGAGAGUAUUUCUUGUCGUUUUGAUUGUAUACACAUCCGCGUUCUUUGUUGGACUUAUUGCUUUUGGAGACUGACAGAAGACCGAGAAGGAAUGAAAUAGCAAGCGUGCAGGCUCGCCCGCCUGUUCGUCCGGGUUCCACAAAUUUCAUGUAUUCGGUUUAUCCAACUGUGCCUUCCGUUUCUCACUGAACAUAUGUUUGAAUCUGGUGGUUACUGACCAUGUCAUCUGAAACAGCCGCCUGCUCCCUGACGUAUUUCUUCCGGUUCGUUACAGCCUGACUGUUGCAGUUCUUAUCGCCACUUACCUUGAUUGACAGGUCAUAUGGACUUUGUUAAAUGCUACUCUCCGUUGAUUUGCUACUGACUUUGUGAGCAUGACAAGUUAUGUGAAUAAGUUAAAGAAUCAGGCGAUUCAUGUCACGCCACAUUAUGUACGUGAAUGUUUAUCAAUCUCGUCAUUUUUGUCUGUUUUGUUUUAUAUCGUUUUUUUUUUUAUUAAACUACUGUAGAUAACACAUGUUUUCAUUAUCGAAUUAAAUUAUAAGGAUUCA